AUGGAUACCAUAGGCGGAGCAAAUGGUGGCGACCACAAGGCCAGUCCGUCGCUAUCCGUGCGUUCCGACACCUCCACCAGGAUGGAACGGAGACCGCGAUGGCAUUCAAGGAAGCGAGCGCUCGUAGUGGUCGUUGCAGCUGCCGUCGCGGUCUGCUCGACGGGCGUCGUAAAUGCGGAGCAAACCUUCGACUACCGACAACUUGAGGUGAGUGUUCGCCUUGCAGAUUCUAGCGAGAGCGCCACCACCGACACGAAUGCUGGAGCUUCAAGUGGUAACCCAGAGGCAGAUUCAAACUCCAGUCCGACGGCGACGACAGCGACGCCUAGCGCGACGACUAAAGCACCAGAGACUGACUGGACACCGGUCACGAAUGCGCCAAGCUCAGAAAACGACGGUAGGUCUAGACCAGGAACAGCAGGAAUUACCACGCUGGCAACGACAGAGCCGUCGCCACAUAGUGACGAGUCAAAUCCAGACACAGCAACACAGAUGCCGGAGUCAACGACGCAGGCACCGAGCGAAUGGACAAAUGCUCCCGUGUCAGAAACGGGUUCGUCUUCUUCGAAAUCGAGUGUAGGCUCUAGUGCUAGUUACACGCCUACCUCGACAACACGGACGCCGGAGUCAACGACACUGACGCCGUGGAUGAAUACGCCGACUUCAGGAACUCAUCCAAGCUCGACUACUGCGAGAUCUUCUUCAGGCUCCAGUUCUAGCUUUGUGCCGAACUCACCAACUCAACUGCCGAAGUCAACGACCCAGGCAUCGAAUCCAUGGACGACUCACCCCAUACCAGGACUCAGCACUUUAUCUUCAGGAUCUAAAACGUCAACCACUGGGUCAAGCAGCGGAUCUAACGCGCAGUGGACGAACGCGCCUACGGAGGCUCCAACGUUUGCGUCUGCUUCGGGAUCGAGUGCGGAGUCGAGCACAGAGUCGAGCACUGGAUCAAACGCGCAGUGGACGAACGCGCCUACGGAGGCUCCAACGUUUGCGUCUGCUUCGGGAUCGAGUGCGGAGUCGAGCACGGAGUCGAGCACUGGGUCUAACUCGCAGUGGACGAACGCGCCUACGGAGGCUCCAACCUUUGCGUCUGCUUCGGGAUCGAGUGCGGAGUCGAGCACGGAGUCGAGCACUGGGUCCAACUCGCAGUGGACGAACGCGCCUACGGAGGCUCCAACCUUUGCGUCUGCUUCGGGAUCGAGUGCGGAGUCGAGCACAGAGUCGAGCACUGGGUCUAACUCGCAGUGGACGAACGCGCCUACGGAGGCUCCAACCUUUGCGUCUGCUUCGGGAUCGAGUGCGGAGUCGAGCACAGAGUCGAGCACUGGGUCUAACUCGCAGUGGACGAACGCGCCUACGGAGGCUCCAACGUUUGCGUCUGCUUCGGGAUCGAGUGCGGAGUCGAGCACAGAGUCGAGCACUGGGUCUAACUCGCAGUGGACGAACGCGCCUACGGAGGCUCCAACGUUUGCGUCUGCUUCGGGAUCGGGUGCGGAGUCGAGCACAGAGUCGAGCACUGGAUCAAACUCGCAGUGGACGAACGCGCCUACGGAGGCUCCAACGUUUGCGUCUGCUUCGGGAUCGGGUGCGGAGUCGAGCACAGAGUCGAGCACUGGAUCAAACGCGCAGUGGACGAACGCGCCUACGGAGGCUCCAACGUUUGCGUCUGCUUCGGGAUCGAGUGCGGAGUCGAGCACAGAGUCGAGCACUGGAUCAAACGCGCAGUGGACGAACGCGCCUACGGAGGCUCCAACGUUUGCGUCUGCUUCGGGAUCGAGUGCGGAGUCGAGCACAGAGUCGAGCACUGGGUCUAACUCACAGUGGACGAACGCGCUUACGGAGGCUCCAACGUUUGCGUCUGCUUCGGGACCGGGUGCGGAGUCGAGCACAGAGUCGAGCACUGGAUCAAACUCACAGUGGACGAACGCGCCUACGGAGGCUCCAACGGUUGCGUCUGCUUCGGGAUCGAGUGCGGAGUCGAGCACGGAGUCGAGCACUGGGUCUAACUCGCAGUGGACGAACGCGCCUACGGAGGCUCCAACGGUUGCGUCUGCUUCGGGAUCGGGUGCGGAGUCGAGCACUGGAUCAAACGCGCAGUGGACGAACGCGCCUACGGAGGCUCCAACGUUUGCGUCUGCUUCGGGAUCGAGUGCGGAGUCGAGCACAGAGUCGAGCACUGGAUCAAACGCGCAGUGGACGAACGCGCCUACGGAGGCUCCAACGUUUGCGUCUGCUUCGGGAUCGAGUGCGGAGUCGAGCACGGAGUCGAGCACUGGGUCUAACGCGCAGUGGACGAACGCGCCUACGGAGGCUCCAACGUUUGCGUCUGCUUCGGGAUCGAGUGCGGAGUCGAGCACAGAGUCGAGCACUGGGUCUAACUCGCAGUGGACGAACGCGCCUACGGAGGCUCCAACCUUUGCGUCUGCUUCGGGAUCGAGUGCGGAGUCGAGCACGGAGUCGAGCACUGGGUCCAACUCGCAGUGGACGAACGCGCCUACGGAGGCUCCAACCUUUGCGUCUGCUUCGGGAUCGAGUGCGGAGUCGAGCACAGAGUCGAGCACUGGGUCUAACUCGCAGUGGACGAACGACAAGCCUACGGAGGCUCCAACGUUUGCGUCUGCUUCGGGAUCGGGUGCGGAGUCGAGCACAGAGUCGAGCACUGGAUCAAACGCGCAGUGGACGAACGCGCCUACGGAGGCUCCAACGUUUGCGUCCGCUUCGGGAUCGGGUGCGGAGUCGAGCACAGAGUCGAGCACUGGGUCUAACUCGCAGUGGACGAACGAGCCUACGGAGGCAUCGAGUGCGGAGUCGAGCACAGAGUCGAGCACUGGGUCUAACUCGCAGUGGACGAACGCGCCUACGGAGGCUCCAACCUUUGCGUCUGCUUCGGGAUCGAGUGCGGAGUCGAGCACGGAGUCGAGCACUGGGUCCAACUCGCAGUGGACGAACGCGCCUACGGAGGCUCCAACCUUUGCGUCUGCUUCGGGAUCGAGUGCGGAGUCGAGCACAGAGUCGAGCACUGGGUCUAACUCGCAGUGGACGAACGCGCCUACGGAGGCUCCAACCUUUGCGUCUGCUUCGGGAUCGAGUGCGGAGUCGAGCACGGAGUCGAGCACGGAGUCGAGCACUGGAUCAAACGCGCAGUGGACGAACGCGCCUACGGAGGCUCCAACGUUUGCGUCUGCUUCGGGAUCGAGUGCGGAGUCGAGCACAGAGUCGAGCACUGGAUCAAACGCGCAGUGGACGAACGCGCCUACGGAGGCUCCAACGUUUGCUUCUGCUUCGGGAUCGACGACGGAGUCGAGCACGGAGUCGAGCACUGGAUCAAACGCGCAGUGGACGAACGCGCCUACGGAGGCUCCAACGUUUGCGUCUGCUUCGGGAUCGAGUGCGGAGUCGAGCACGGAGUCGAGCACUGGAUCAAACUCACAGUGGACGAACGCGCCUACGGAGGCUCCAACGGUUGCGUCUGCUUCGGGAUCGAGUGCGGAGUCGAGCACGGAGUCGAGCACUGGGUCUAACUCGCAGUGGACGAACGCGCCUACGGAGGCUCCAACGGUUGCGUCUGCUUCGGGAUCGAGUGCGGAGUCGAGCACGGAGUCGAACACUCGGUCUAACUCGCAGUGGACGAACGCGCCUACGGAGGCUCCAACGGUUGCGUCUGCUUCGGGAUCGGGUGCGGAGUCGAGCACUGGAUCAAACGCGCAGUGGACGAACGCGCCUACGGAGGCUCCAACGUUUGCGUCUGCUUCGGGAUCGAGUGCGGAGUCGAGCACGGAGUCGAGCACUGGGUCUAACUCGCAGUGGACGAACGCGCCUACGGAGGCUCCAACGUUUGCGUCUGCUUCGGGAUCGAGUGCGGAGUCGAGCACAGAGUCGAGCACUGGGUCUAACUCGCAGUGGACGAACGCGCCUACGGAGGCUCCAACGUUUGCUUCUGCUUCGGGAUCGAGUGCGGAGUCGAGCACGGAGUCGAGCACUAGUUCAAACGCGCAGUGGACGAACGCGCCUACGGAGGCUCCAACGUUUGCGUCUGCUUCGGGAUCGGGUGCGGAGUCGAGCACAGAGUCGAGCACUGGAUCAAACGCGCAGUGGACGAACGCGCCUACGGAGGCUCCAACGUUUGCGUCUGCUUCGGGAUCGGGUGCGGAGUCGAGCACGGAGUCGAGCACUGGAUCAAACGCGCAGUGGACGAACGCGCCUACGGAGGCUCCAACGUUUGCGUCCGCUUCGGGAUCGGAGGCGGAGCAAAUGGUGGCGACCACAAGGCCAGUCCGUCGCUAUCCGAUGGAACGGAGACCGCGAUGGCAUUCAAGGAAGCGAGCGCUCGUAGUGGUCGUUGCAGCUGCCGUCGCGGUCUGCUCGACGGGCGUCGUAAAUGCGGAGCAACCCUUCGACUACCGACAACUUGAGGUGAGUGUUCGCCUUGCAGAUUCUAGCGAGAGCGCCACCACCGACACGAAUGCUGGAGCUUUAAGUGGUAACCCAGAGGCAGAUUCAAACUCCAGUCCGACGGUGACGACAGCGACGCCUAGCGCGACGACUAAAGCACCAGAGACUGACUGGACACCGGUCACGAAUGCGCCAAGCUCAGAAAACGACGGUAGGUCUAGACCAGGAACAGCAGGAAUUACCACGCUGGCAACGACAGAGCCGUCGCCACAUAGUGACGAGUCAAAUCCAGACACAGCAACACAGAUGCCGGAGUCAACGACGCAGGCACCGAGCGAAUGGACAAAUGCUCCCGUGUCAGAAACGGGUUCGUCUUCUUCGAAAUCGAGUGUAGGCUCUAGUGCUAGUUACACGCCUACCUCGACAACACGGACGCCGGAGUCAACGACACUGACGCCGUGGAUGAAUACGCCGACUUCAGGAACUCAUCCAAGCUCGACUACUGCGAGAUCUUCUUCAGGCUCCAGUUCUAGCUUUGUGCCGAACUCACCAACUCAACUGCCGAAGUCAACGACCCAGGCAUCGAAUCCAUGGACGACUCACCCCAUACCAGGACUCAGCACUUUAUCUUCAGGAUCUAAAACGUCAACCACUGGGUCAAGCAGCGGAUCUAACGCGCAGUGGACGAACGCGCCUACGGAGGCUCCAACGUUUGCGUCUGCUUCGGGAUCGAGUGCGGAGUCGAGCACAGAGUCGAGCACUGGAUCAAACGCGCAGUGGACGAACGCGCCUACGGAGGCUCCAACGUUUGCGUCUGCUUCGGGGUCGAGUGCGGAGUCGAGCACAGAGUCGAGCACUGGAUCAAACGCGCAGUGGACGAACGCGCCUACGGAGGCUCCAACGUUUGCGUCUGCUUCGGGAUCGGGCGCGGAGUCGAGCACGGAGUCGAGCACUGGAUCAAACGCGCAGUGGACGAACGCGCCUACGGAGGCUCCAACGUUUGCGUCUGCUUCGGGAUCGAGUGCGGAGUCGAGCACGGAGUCGAGCACUGGAUCAAACUCACAGUGGACGAACGCGCCUACGGAGGCUCCAACGGUUGCGUCUGCUUCGGGAUCGAGUGCGGAGUCGAGCACGGAGUCGAGCACUGGGUCUAACUCGCAGUGGACGAACGCGCCUACGGAGGCUCCAACGUUUGCGUCUGCUUCGGGAUCGAGCUCCAACGUUUGCGUCUGCUUCGGGAUCGGGCUCCAACGUUUGCGUCUGCUUCGGGAUCGGGCUCCAACGUUUGCGUCUGCUUCGGGAUCGGGUGCGGAGUCGAGCACGGAGUCGAGCACUGGGUCUAACUCACAGUGGACGAACGCGCCUACGGAGGCUCCAACGGUUGCGUCUGCUUCGGGAUCGAGUGCGGAGUCGAGCACGGAGUCGAGCACUGGGUCUAACUCGCAGUGGACGAACGCGCCUACGGAGGCUCCAACGGUUGCGUCUGCUUCGGGAUCGAGUGCGGAGUCGAGCACAGAGUCGAGCACUGGGUCUAACUCGCAGUGGACGAACGAGCCUACGGAGGCUCCAACGUUUGCGUCUGCUUCGGGAUCGAGUGCGGAGUCGAGCACAGAGUCGAGCACUGGUCUAACUCACAGUGGUGCCAACGGUUGCGUCUCCUUCGGGAUCGACUACGGAGUCAAGCACUGGAUCAACGCGCAGUGGACGAACGCGCCUACGGAGGCUCCCACGUUUGCGUCUGCUUGGGGAUCGAGUGCGGAGUCGAGCACUGGGUCUAAUGCGCAGUGGACGAACACGCCUACGGAGGCCCCGUCUACGAUGUCAAGCUUGGGAUCGAGCACUGGAUCUGACGCGCAAUGGAUGAAUACACAGACGGAGGCUCCGAUGCCGACUGAAGCACCGGCAGGGUCCGUACACGCAUCUGUGUCUGGAUCAAACAUGAAUGCUUUAACAGAAAUUCCAACGGAAGCUCCAGCAGAUCCCCCUACGAUAUCGUUUUCAGGCUCGGACACUGAUGCACCAGUUUGGACUGAUCCACCGACGAAUGCUCCGACGCCGGCUGAAAUUCUUACGCAGGCUCCUCCCACAUGGACGCCUCAAACGGAAACUCCCAUGACGGAUGCUCCCGCGUCAAUAUCAGCAUCCGGUUCAUCAGACGAGUCUUUGGUGCCUGUACCCACAACAUCUACGCCAGUAUCAACGACAUCGAUGCCGACUCCAAUUACGUCCGCUCCAACCCCCGAGCCAACGCCCGAAUCAACGCCAUGGAGUCCACCUCCAAUCCCAAAUAACCCAUCGACGACGAACCCAACACCGUCCGAGUCCUCAGGAUCUGAUAGCUUCUCGUCCGCUGCAGGAUUUUCCGAUAGUCCCAGCUCGUCGCAAACUUCUGAAUCGACUGAAUCUUCCAAUACGGAAGAUCAUAUUACGUUCAGCCCUCCACCCGUGACAAGCACACCGCAAACGCAAGGUCCGACAACCACAUCCCCUCCCUCGGGAUCAAGCUCGUCCAUGUCUGAGGGAAACUCUGACGUUUCGUCAUCCUCAGGAUCGGGCAAGACGACGGUUUUGGUGUCGGAAAGUUCGUCAGGGUCGUCGGACACGCCACUGAGUCCUCCUCCAGUGACAUGGAGUCCUGCCCCAGUGACAAAUCCGCCGAAGACAACCGUUGCUCCGUCAACUACGCCUCCAACUACUACAGGAUCAGACGCAUCGUCGAACUCCGGCGGCGAGGCUUCCUCAGGAUCGUCGGACUCAUCUGAAUCUGGCACAGGUGUCCCCACCUCAGCGUCUUCAGGCUCCGCAAUGUCUACUGAUGAGAACGAGGAGAGUACACCGAGCCCAGCCCCGGUGACUAGAGCUCCUACAGUGUCGACGGACUCGACGGAUGAUUCCGAAGAUGGUAACGAUGUUUCACAAGUCGAGCAAACUGAGCAGACAUCGGACUACUCCUCGUCUGACUCGACGACGCCUAGUCCGGCUCCGAUAACCAGGAAUCCGUCGUCAAUGGUCAUGACAAUGCCUCCGUCUGCUGCUUCGUCGGACUCGGUGGGAACGGUGAUCCCUGCUGAUACUUCUUAUAUCGACAACUCGGCGGCUGAGGCUGUGACGAAGCAGACCGACUCAGGAAGCAGUGAUGAAGGCGACAAGAACACGAUCAACGGCAACAACUUAGUGUUGCUGGGCGAUACAGGAUCUACGAUCGUGUAUACGGAUGGGAGUAAGAUUACGACAUUUGAAAAGUACAACCGUGGAGACGGUGAUCUGCAAGCUCUUGAAGACGCCAGUGGAUCGUACAGUAACAUUAUCGUUGGCGGUGGCAACCGUGCGAACUUGCCGCCUGGUGCUUCCAUUUCGCUGUCUACAACGUCUCAGGAGAUCCAGAAUGCGCUGCUAUACGCGAGCUAUGCUCUCGGAAUCGUCUCGACUGUGCUGUUGAUGUUCUUCCACAUGUUAGCGCUCCAACGCCCACCGUGGCUGGGUGGAUCUUCCGACAACAGUCAGGACGGAGGAAACGGUCGUGCCAGUAUGGGGUGGUUCACGCCUAACGUGUGGGAGCUUGCAGUAGUGGUGGGCUACAUCCAACACGUCAACUCUAUCUCGAUGUUGGAUCUGACGAAGGCGCCUCAGAUCGUCUUGGACUUCACAGAUUCGUUCUCGUUUGCGAACAUGCACAUUUCGUCAGUAACAACUACCGCUGCUUCCGAUGCUUCACGGAGACUGCAGCUGAUCAUUUUGACCGGCAUUGUUGCGUUCGCUGACCGUAUUGGCAUCGAAGAAGACGAGGCUCUUAUGGCCGCAUUCUAUUUCUUCCUAGCGGUCGUUGCUAUUGUACUUGUGCUAUUUGCUCUGGCCGCCGGAUUCGCGUUCUACCACCACAGUAUGUCGGUAGAUGUGUGGUCAGCGUUCUACCCGACAGGCCUGCGCAACAGCUUUGCCAUGUGCGUGGUGGGUUUUGGUGUAGCGUUGUGGAUGCUCAGUGUGUUCCCGCUUGUGUCUAUGUCCUCGUACGAACUGGUGAUGGAGUUGCGGUACCGAGUUGGUAUCGGUCUGGCUGUGGCGCUGUUCUCUUUGUGGGCUGUUGUGGUCGGUGGACUUUGCUAUGCGUUUGUGAGUGUGCGCGCCAUCCCGAACAACGACGCGUUCCGCUUCAAGCACUUUGCAGUGUGGGGAUCACUGUAUGGCGACUCAAAGAUGGCGUUUCGCUACUUCUUCGUCGUGACGGUGGGUUUCCAGGGUCUUCUUGGUGUGAUCACUGGCGCCGUGUCGGGCAUUCCAACCCAACUAGUGGCGCUGAUGGUGACGCACCUGCUCUUCGUCGUUGUGGCACUUAUCAUCCGCCCGUUUGCAGCACGCUGGGUCCUUGGUGUUGUUGUAGGUCUUCGUGUCGUGGCGAUUACAAAUUUGUUGUGCAGUUUUGCUUUCCUCACGUCGAGUGAGCUGAGCACGCUCUGGCGUGGUAUCGUGGCCCAAGGUUUCGUGAUUUUCAAUGCGAUCGUUUUCUUCCUGUUCUUCGCGCGCUACGUCGCUAUGUUCGUGUUGGUACUAAAGCGCUGGUCGGGCUACACUCAUCGGGAGAGUUUCAGUCAGUCACAGCAGCAAAGUUAUGAAAUGGAGCAGCAGAUGGCUGGUUCAAGCAGCAACGACCAGACCCCAGUCUUCUUGACGUACGAUGUGCGCGAGCACAGGCAUCACAACGACGGCGGCAGAUUUAUCGCUUCUGGAGCAGGGUUUGAGCCGUCACGAGGCCCAGGGUCAGGAUACUCGUCCGGAUACUCGUCCGAGUACUCAUCCGACCGGCAUCGGUCCAUUUAUUCAUCCGGACACUCGUCACACCAGCACGCGCCGACACCUUCGGGAUCAUCAGGAUAUUCCUCUGGCUCGCGUGCCCAUGGGCAGUCACGCUACUAUCACUAA